AUGAAUGGACACCUCUGGGCCCUGCUCACAGGGGACGCCAAUUCUUCCGACAAGGAGAGGACCUGUUCUUCUUGGUCUCCAUCUCAGUUCAGAAGCUGCAAGGAAAUCAAAGCGGAGUGCCCCCGUGCACGUGGUGGUGGCUGGACCCUGGUGGCCAGCGUGCAUGAGAACAACAUGGCUGGGAAGUGCACGGUGGGCGAUCGCUGGUCCAGUCAGCAGGGCAACAGAGAGGACUACCCAGAGGGGGACAACAACUGGGCCAAUUACAACACCUUUGGGUCUGCAGAGGCGGCCACAAGUGACGACUACAAGAACCCUGGCUACUAUGACAUCCAGGCCAAGGACCUGGGCAUCUGGCAUGUGCCCAACAAUUCUCCCCUGAAACAAUGGAGGACCAGCUCCCUGCUGAGGUACCGCACCAAAACUGGCUUCUUCGAGGGACUAGGACACAAUCUGUUUGGCCUCUACCAGAAAUACCCAGUGAAAUAUGGAGUAGGAAAGUGUUGGACUGACAAUGGCCCGGCUAUCCCUGUGGUCUAUGAUUUUGGUGACACCAAGAAAACAGCAUCUUAUUACUCACCUUAUGGCCAGGAGGAGUUCACUGCGGGAUUUGUUCAGUUCAGGGUAUUUAAUAACGAGAGAGCAGCCAAUGCAUUGUGUGCUGGAAUGAAGGUCACCGGAUGUAACACCGAGCACCACUGCAUCGGUGGAGGAGGGUUCUUCCCGGAGGGCAAUCCCAGGCAGUGUGGGGAUUUCUCCUCCUUUGACUGGGAUGGAUACGGAACUCAUGUUUAUGCCAGCAACAGCCGGGAGAUAACAGAGGCAGCUGUGCUUCUGUUCUAUCGUUGAGAGUGCUGUGGUGGGGGCUCAGUCCUCUCCUCCUAAAUGGGGGAUCCCAAGAAUGGAGGACAACUUACCAACUAGAUUGGUAAUGGCAGAAGAGAAGAGAAUAAAUAAUAUUGAUUCAAGA